UAUAAACUCAAGACACGAGUGUUGUAGAUCUUGCACUCUCUACACGGGCUGCACUUGCUUACUUUGUCAGAAUGGCUCUAUUCCAAUGGCUGAACGAAGGCUAUAUACCAUUUUUACUCUUUAUAUCCAUUUUCGUAUUCAUAGUUCUAUUAAUAAAACACCUCUUCAUGAAAAAGGCAAGAAAUGUAAGGUCCAAUCUCCCUCCAAGUCCUCCUAGCAUACCCAUCAUAGGCAACCUCCACCAGCUAGGUACCUCUCCACACCUAGCUCUUCAAAGACUUGCUAAGAACUAUGGACCCAUAUUUUUCCUGCAACUUGGUCAAAUCCCAACCGUGGUUGUUUCCUCAGCUAGACUUGCAAAGGAAGUGUUGAAAACCCAUGAUCUUGCACUUUCAAGCCGUCCACAACUCUUCUCAGCCAAAUACCUCUUCUACAACUGCACAGACAUUGUUUUCUCUCCUUAUGGUGCUUAUUGGAGGCAUAUAAGAAAAAUUUGCAUACUUGAGCUUCUAAGUGCCAAAAGGGUACUCUCAUGCAUUUCAGUUAGAGAAGAAGAAGUUGCUCGUUUAGUUCAUAGGGUUAAAGGGUCUUGUCAAGGCACUGUUGAUUUGUCUAAGAUGUUGGGACUCUAUGCAAAUGAUGUCCUUUGCCGAGUGGCAUUUGGAAGGGGCUUUUCGGAAGGAGGAGAUUAUCAACGACAUGGGUUCCAAAAGAUGCUUGAUGAGUACCAAGAGCUACUUGGAGGAUUCAGUGUUGGUGACUUUUUUCCUUCCUUGGAGUUCAUACACAGCUUAACUGGUAUGAAGUCAAGACUCCAAGACACUUCUCGAAGAUUUGAUCAAUUAUUUGAUCAGAUACUGAAUGAACACAUAGGUUCCAAUAAAAUACAGGAGCAUAAGGAUCUCGUUGAUGUUUUGCUCGAGGUGCAGAAGAAUGACUCGGAUGAGAUGCCUCUCACCACGGAUAAUAUCAAAGCAAUCAUUUUGGACAUGUUUGCUGCAGGAACUGAUACAACCUUCAUUACCCUUGAUUGGGCAAUGACAGAGUUGCUAAUGAAUCCAAAGGUUAUGGAAAAAGCACAAAAGGAAGUGAGGAGUGUCUUAGGAGAAAGAAAGGUUGUUGAAGAGAAUGACCUGCAUCAACUUGAGUACAUGAGAGUUAUCAUCAAAGAGACAUUUCGGUUGCAUCCUGCGGUUCCAAUGUUAGUCCCAAGAGAAUCCAUGGAGGAUGUUGUCAUAGAGGGGUACAAAAUUCCAGCUAAAACAAGAUUUUUUGUCAAUGCUUGGGCAAUAGGUAGGAACACGGAAAGUUGGGAAGAUCCAAAUGCAUUUAAACCAGAGAGAUUUUUAGGGAGUAACAUUGACUAUAGAGGGCAAGAUUUUGAGCUAUUACCAUUUGGAGCAGGUAGAAGAGGUUGCCCAGGUAUUACUUUUUCCACUGCUGUUGUUGAGCUUGCUUUAGCUCAACUCCUUUACAGUUUUGAUUGGGAGCUUCCUCCUGGUGUUACAGCCAAAGACUUGGACCUAACUGAAGUUUUUGGCAUCUCAAUGCACAGGAGGGAACAUCUUCAUGUUGUUGCUAGACCAUACCCUCUAUGAAGAUUCAUGAUACAGCAAGUGUGAAGGGGAUUUGAAUUGUACUCAGUUAGUAUUUAGCUAUUAGUUGAUGUCAAUGUUAAGCAAAAAGUUUGAAGUUAAAUAAAAGUAAUAAGACGAAAUGAGCCAUUAGUGAAUUGUACUAGUUGGAUGAAUUUAGUUCCUUUUGAAGUUUUCUCCAUCAACUCGUUUCUUU